CCACAUUGUGAUGGCCAGUUCAUCAGUCUAACUUACCUGUUAAAUCUUUUGGACUGUUAUGAUGCAGCCUUGAUUAGAGACACAAUAGGAAGGAAAAGAGAACCUUUCAGAAAAGCAUUGUCUCUUAUGAAUAAUAUAAAUCUCUGUUCUUCUAAGUCCCAAAUGAAAAUGUUUCUGUGAACAUCCCUUUAGUCAUGGACUCCUUUUUUUUUUGUGUUCAGAGAUGACAUUCAAGACCAAAGUUGUAUAUUUUUUCCUUUAGAGAAAAUGGGAUUGAAGUGCACUUUUUUUUCUACUUUCCUUCAGAUUUCCUUCCUUGCAGUUAAAAAUCAGACCAUGGUUCCAGUACAUAUUGAAAGAGGUGGGAAACCGUAUUAUGUGGGAAUCGGAAUCCAAGAGUUUCUGAGUCAAUCUGACUGGAUGAAAAGAAAGAUCUUUUUCUUCUGUGUGACUCCAUGUUUACAGCAUCACCAGGAGAGAUGCACUGGACAACGGAAUCAUCUGGCAUAGAGAAAAGCAGCUGAAAAAUUGUUCCUUCAAAUGCCUUCAGUGCAUGCUUCAUCCCAUUUGCUCUGCUGAUACCACUGUUAAAUGGAGGGAUGGUGACUCAACCACUUCCCUGGGCUGCCUGUUUCAAUACUUGACAACCCCUUCCAUGAAGAAAGAUUUCCAAUAUCCAAUUGGAAGAUUCAUCCUAAACAGCAGGCAACGAAGUCAGUGUAAACCUGCCCUCCUGCACUACAUAUGGUUCACGCUCUACUCUCCUGCCUUCUGUGAUGGAAGGAAGUCCACUGUGCCACCUCGCUAGCACAAGAAUUUGGCCCAGGCUUCAUUCUGCAGGUGCAGCUGAAAGAGCGAGCAGAACUUUCUACUGACCCACUGACUUGUCUAUACACAGUUGGUGUGUCAUUGUAUCUUACACUGUCAAGGCACAAUGUGACAUUAUGGGAACAGUGCUCCCCACAGGUGCUGGCAGGCUGACCUCCUCCCCUCGGCUGCCUCUCCAACAAUCCCAACCGCCUGCAAACACCUUGGCGGGAUAACAGCAUGGUUCCACUAGAAAACCGUGAAAGCAAGAGGAAGUCUGCUGAACAAUGGCAAGGGUGUUUUACUUCCAGCCCCUGGGACAGCUCAGGAUUAAAUGGAUUUUCAUUGUUCUUUCCCUCCUGCAAUUUGGACACAACAUUGGUAAGAGAGCUCAGUAAAUAUGAAGACAUUGAUGAAGAUGAGCUCCUUGCUUCUCUCACUGAAGAGGAGCUGAAGGAGCUGGAGCGGGAGCUAGAGGACAUAGAGCCCGACUGUAACCUUCCAGUGGGGCAACGACAGAAAAGCCUGACGGAGAAAACACCGACAGGGACUUUCAGCAGGGAAGCACUGAUGGCCUAUUGGGAGAGGGAGACCAAGAAACUCUUAGAAAAAGAGAGGUUGGGUGCAUGCGACAAGGAUUCUGAGCAAGAAGAAGACAAUUCAGAAGAGCUGCAAGAAGAAUGUUUCACAGAAAGCAAUAGUGAAGUGUCUGAGGAAGCAUAUACUGAAGAGGAUGAUGAAGAAGAAGAUGAUGAGAAGGAAGAUGAAGAUGAGAGUGAUGAUGAGAAUGAGCAAGAGCAAAAUGCUGCAGGUGGUGAAAGACCUGAGAAUGGCAGGAAUUCUGACCACAUCAGACGCAAAAAGUGUAAUGGCGCAAAAGACAAUGAAAACUUACUCAAUGGCCAUGAUGGAAAAGACGAUAGUCAGAGCUUAAAAAGUAGUGCCAUUCACCCUUGUGGAAAUCCAACAGUUAUUGAGGAUGCUUUGGAAAAAGUUAGGAGCAAUGACCCUGACACCACAGAGGUCAAUCUAAACAACAUUGAAAACAUCACUUCACAGAUGCUUAUACAAUUUUCUCAAGCCCUGAGGGACAACACAGUGGUUAAGUCAUUCAGCUUGGCUAACACCCAUGCUGAUGACAAUGUGGCAAUAGCUAUUGCUGGUAUGUUAAAGGUAAAUCAGCAUAUAACUAGUUUGAAUAUCGAGUCAAAUUUUAUCACAGGCAAAGGCGUGCUGGCCAUCAUGAGAGCUUUGCAGAGUAACAAAGUUCUAACAGAACUGCGGUUCCACAAUCAAAGGCACAUCAUGGGCAGCCAGGUGGAAAUGGACAUAGUUAAACUGUUGAAAGAGAACACCACUCUGGUCAAGCUGGGGUACCACUUUGACCUUGCUGGCCCAAGAAUGAGCAUGACAAGUAUCCUGACAAGAAAUAUGGAUAAACAAAGGCAAAAGCGUAUGCAGGAGCAGAGGCAACAAGAGCCAGGUUGUGAUGGAGCCAUCAAUCCAAAGACCAAAGUCUUGCAGAAGGGAACACCUCGAUCCUCACCUUAUGUGUCACCUAAGAGCUCACCAUGGUCUUCUCCAAAGCUUCCUAAGAAAGCACCUCCAGUGAAAAGUCAGCCUCCAGCUCCAGCUCCUGCACCUCCCCCUCCUCCACCACCCCCGCCCCCACCUCCUCCUCCCCCAGUUAUUCCAGAGAAGAAGGCACCAACCAGGAAUAUAGCUGAAGUCAUCAAACAGCAAGAAAGCGCAAAAAAAGACUUACAUAAUGGACAGAAAAAGAAAAAAGGCAAAAAAAGUAGAAAACAUGAGAACAACAUAUUGAAAGAAAUUAAAGAUUCUCUAAAAUCCAUCUCAGACAGAAAAUCAGAGGAAGGUUCACGACCCUCCACCCGUCCAUCCACCCCACAAAGGUCUCUCCAUGACAACCUUAUGGAAGCGAUUCGGGCAAGCAGCAUAAAGCAAUUAAGGCGGGUGGAGGUACCAGAAGCCCUUCGGUGAAAGCCUGGAUGACAGAAGAAGCAGAACCCUGCAGUGACUGAGGGGAGGCUUCUUGUCCUUUCAUUGGCAGUAACAUAGACUGUCUAGCAAGCUGCUUCCAAAGUACACUCUUAGAUUCAAGCCGUUUCCCUUUUAUUUCAAAGAAAUAAAACCGCUAAAUACAAAAUAAUGCUUUAAGGAUCCAUUUACCUUGUAAUCUGUAAAUAUGGAAAUAAUUUUCUUUUUUAUUUAAUGAGAUUUCUAUUGAGAAAUUGCUUCUUAUUUAGAUAUUCUUGUCAAUAUCUGAUUGCACAUCACUUGGCAAGUUCUUCACACUGAGAUGUAAUAGUUUAACAGCCUGUGGUUUCUUCUGGUUUUUCCAUGAAUUUACAAUAAAUGUGGUUUGAAGCUUUCAAGCAGA